AAAAUGAGCACAGUCCCAACCCUGAAUUUUCUUUCCAGUCUAACAGGUUAUUGCUGUAACUUGUUCUUUAAAAUUUAGGUGGAGUUUUCUUCUUCAGUGCCUGUUUGGACCACAGAGCAGCUCUCUCUACCUUAACUUCUCUUUUCUACUUCUUCCUUUCACAUGCUCACAGUACGCCUGUAUUAAACUGCAGUUUUCCACAAAUUUCUGAAGCUAUAGUAGGAAGAUCUUUUGGCUUACCAGUCAACAAAGUGAAGCAGACUUAAACAAGAUGGUGAGGCAAGGCCUGGACUAUACCCGCUGCAGAUGGAUUUUGCCUCUUCUUGCGGGUCUAGCCAUGCUGUUUGGCAUCAUAGCAUUGGCUGGUUGGGACUGGAUUAGCUCGCAAACCCUGCCAUUUGCACAACAUGCCUCCUUAUGGAGAAUAUGUUCCUUACAAAACGGAUGGCAAUGCAGGUCACUCCUAGACUAUGCCUGGGGUCAAGGUGCAGCAGGCACUUUCAUGGUUGCAUUUGUCCUUGUGGUUAUCUGUUUUGCCUUGUCUAUCAUCGCAUUUGCCAUCAACACACUUCGCUUCAACUUUGUGAGAGGAAUAGGAGGCAUCUUUUUCGUUGCUGCUGUAUUCUCACUAAUGGCCCUCGUCAUCUACCCUGUAAUGAUCUCCAAAUAUAUAAUCUUCCCAGUCGGUACUGUGAAUCAAUUUGGCUGGGCCUAUGGCUUUGGGUGGACCAUGUGCCUAAUGUCAAUAGGUCUUGGGUUCUUCUUUUGCUGCCUCCCCCUCUAUGAAGAUCAAAUUUUGGGAAAUGUCAAACCUUAUUAUUAUCCAGAUAUUUAAAAUAACUGUUCAGAAUAUCAGCAGAGAAAUCAUAUUUUCCAUGAAUGACUCCAAAGAAAUGAGAAGACAAACAAAACAAAACAAAACAAAAACAAAAAUCUGUUACUCCAUUUCUAUGUGCUCGAGCUGUAGAUUUUUAUAAUUAGGAAGCAGUAGAAAGCAGCUUUAAAACAUAUGCAUACACAAUCAGUUUGGUUUUUAUAUUUUUCUGAAUCUCUAGUGAAAGCCUAGAAGAUUUUAUCUUUAAUUUUUUUAACUAGUCAUACUGUAAUCUGCCUUUUUGAGAUAUAGCAGGCAAAUAAAAUUUUAUUUAGUUGUAACUGAUGGAUUACCUAUUUAAAGGUAGAUCUUACUAAAGGUUGGCAAAGUUCAUUUUUAAAAGUAUUUUGUUCUUAUUACUCAUUACUGUGUUUGAAAAGUAACAGCUUUUGUUGCUUGGUACAGUGUUGGAAAGCGUAACUUGUUCCAUGCCUUUUUUUUGUAUUGCAGUUUACUUUCUUAUUACAUUCCAUUAUUUUUUGGCCUCAUCACAUGGCCACCGAAAAAGGCUCAUUUCACUUCAUCAUAGGGCAUGGCAAAGCUGCUGCCCCUCGUCCUUUACUGCCCGGCUGUUGCAGCUGUUGAUCCCAUGGGGGGAAGUGUGGUGUGCGCAUGGAGCAUGCAGCUUCCCACCAUUAAAGUAAAUGGCAAUAUGGGAAGCUCCUGUAUUGCUGCGGUGGCAGCAUGGCGGUUCCACCCUCUUUCACCCACUGAGUUAGCACAACAUCUUCUGAUGGGAGCUGGCUGGCUCCAUGAGUGACCGGGGCUAGGUCUGCGCAUACUGCUGAUUUUAGUCCCAUGCGAUGAGGUUAUAGAAUAAUCACUUAGGAUCAAUCAGAGAAUUGUACAGAAUUUUAAAAAAUCUGUCAUAAUCCUUUUCACAUAACUUUAAAAAGUAAAAUAAAGUUUUUCAUAACACUAGUAUACUAAGUUUACUUUUUGUUAUUAUCUUACUUCUGAAAUGUAAUGCUGUUACACCCUUGCUACCUAGAAAAAAAUAAUAAGAUACAAGUCAUAAUGUUACUCAUCAAAUGUUGACAUCAAAGUUGUAUUUUUAAAUGCAUCUGAUCUUGAUGAUUUGGUUGAAGAAGAAAUGGUUCAAUAAGAAAAUACAUUUUCCCAGAAAUGACCUUUUCACAGAGGCUACUAAUAUAACCGCUUGUGUAUAAGUGCCUUUCUCUUAAUAAGAAUACUGAUUGAGAAGUAGUAUGAUCCUUCUUUCUCAAAUAACUGAAAGGAUAGAGGGACUGUACAAUGAAAUUCUGUAUGUCUUGAGCAGGGCUAGCCCUAUUACUAGACUUAUUGAGAUAUCUGAUACAGGUAGUGCUUUUGGGAGAAUGACAUCCCUGAGAUAGGCUCCUCAAGGCCCUUAAGCUAAUAGUCUUUACUUAGUUAUAAUGAGAGAUAUUAUCUCAUUAACAGUGAAUUCCAACCACUAGUUGGAUUUUUGACAGGAGAAUGGGGAUGCCAUCUUGCCUUUUGCCUCUGACAGCAGAAUGUCUUUGCUAAACCUGAGUGUCUUAGGAAAGUAGGCUAUGGACUAAGGAUUAAUUGGCAAGCAAUUCCACUGGACCGAUACAGUAUGACCUUCAUAUGCAUAAGAGAUCUGUUCCUGAACUUGCUAUGUAAACAUGAAAUUGUAAAUAAUAUAGAAAACUGUUGAAAUGAACAAUAUCUGGCAUACGCAUAUUAUAGAAUUACACCAUAGUACAUAGAAAAUGCCUAGAGAGAACACCCCUCUGAUAUUUUUAGGUUCUCCAGCACAACUCGGUGGUCACCUUCAGGUAGAAGCAUAGAAUAGAAUUGUGCUGGAUGACCUGAGAAAUGCCUAGAGAGAACCUACUUUUCUAACAUGGGUAAAUGAAGUUGUGGGUACUGCAGGUAAAGGGCUUUUACUAUAUUGCCUUAUUACCUCCUUUAGGCUUUCUUCUGACCAUCUUACCAAAUGAUUUUAUGCUUCCUUGCAAGUAAGAAUGUGUGGCCAUAAAUUGUAAGCCCCCUGGCAGGAAGUGUGUGAUUACUAUGUUUUGUAUUAUGUAAAUGGUGUUAAUUACUUGUAGCUGUGGCAAAAGGUUCUCCUCCAGACUAACUACAUUGUUCUGAAUGUUUCUUCGCUGCAUAUUAAAGAAGACUUUUUUUCAUUAAAAACAGUUAAGAAAAUGUUUUCUGUCGCUAUAUGGUCAAAAAUAUGUACAAUAGACAUUUUAAAACAAGCUUAAUAAUGAAGAAUUUUAAAAAUGAUUUAAGCAUGUGGACAAGUUGGCCUUCAAGUUCAUAAAUUGAUUUGUGCAUUGAAAUGCCCAUAGCUCAUUGACAUCCACCUCCCUUAGCUUUGUGUCUCGUUCACCAAAUGACAUGCCUUUCAUGGACUAAACCAUUUCAGAAUCCAAAAAAGGAGUUUCAUUUUCACUAACUUUCUGUAUUAAAAACAAUGAGUAUGAGAAAAAAGCC